AUCCCCAGCCGUGAUAUCACUUAGACGAAUCAUUCAGCAGCAAAGCACUCCUGCUUCCCCCACCCCAGCAGUUGAGUGUGGUGCUCUGCAGAGAAGCAUGAUGGACUGUGGCAUCCUCACUCCCAGGAUUGCUUCAGCUCUUCACUGCAGCUCCUGGGCUUGAGAGCAAAGCCAGGAGAGGAGGGAGGAUUACAGAGCAGAGCUGAAGCAACAGUCCACGGGGGGAUUCUUCUCCUGCAGGGGAGGGAGGCCAGGCCAAGGCGAUGGCUGAGCUGCAGCCAGGGAAAGUGAUGAGGAGGGGGCAAGUCCUUGCCUUCCUCUUGAUCAGCCUGGCCUACCUCUGGCUGCCUGCAGGCUCCAAGCGAGCCCCCAAGCUGCCCCCAUGUCCCCAGAGCUGCUCCUGCACCAGGGACACUGCCUUCUGCAUCGACUCCAAAGCGGUCCCCAGGAACCUGCCCCCGGAGGUCAUUUCCCUGACCAUGGUGAACGCGGCCUUUACUGAAAUCAAAGCAGCAGCUUUCGCUCACAUCCCCCUCCUGCAGUUCCUCUUACUGAACUCCAACAAGUUUACGCUGAUCGGGGACGAUGCCUUCACCGGCCUCUCCCACCUGCAGUACCUGUUCAUUGAGAACAAUGACAUCCGCUCGCUGUCGAAAUUCACCUUCCGAGGACUGAAGUCCUUGACACACCUCUCUUUGGCCAACAACAACCUGCAGACGCUGCCCAGAGAUAUCUUCACACCCCUGGACAUCCUCAGUGACCUGGACCUCCGGGGCAACGCUUUGAUCUGCGACUGCAAAAUCAAGUGGCUGGUGGAAUGGAUGGAGAGGACCAAUGCAACGGUGCCUGCCAUCUUCUGCAGCAGCCCCAUCCGCUACCAGGGGCAGAAGAUCCGGGACCUGGCCCUCAAGGACUUCAGCUGCAUCACGACAGACUUUGUGGUGCACCAGGUCCUGCCAUUCCAGUCAGUGUCAGCUGAGCCCUUUGUCUACAGCAGCGACCUCUAUGUAGCACUGGCACAGCCCAGUGCCAGCAGCUGCACCAUCCUCAAGUGGGACUAUGUGGAGCGCAAGCUAUGGGACUUUGACCGCAUCCCUGCUCAUUCAGCCGUGUACUGCAAGCCCAUCGUGGCCCAGUCACAGCUCUAUGUGGUGGUGGCACAGCUCUUCGGUGGCUCCUACAUCUACCGCUGGGACACCAACGUGGACAAAUUCAUCAAGAUCCAGGACAUGGACAGCAGGAAGAUCCGCAAGCCCAAUGACAUCGAGGCCUUCCGGAUUGACGGCGACUGGUACUUCGUCAUCGCCGACAGCUCCAAGGCCGGCUCCACCAGCCUCUACCGCUGGAACCAGAAUGGCUUCUACUCCCACCAGGCCCUGCACCCCUGGCACCGCGACACUGACGUGGAAUAUGUGGAGAACGAAGGCAAGCCCCGGCUCAUCAUCUCCAGCAGCUCCCAGGCCCCCAUCAUCUACCAGUGGAGCCGUGCCCAGAAGCAGUUUGUGCAGCAGGGGGAGGUGGCUGAGGUGAUGGACGUGCAGAUGGUCAAGCACUUCAAGUUCAAGAAAGACAAUUACCUGUGCCUCAGCCGCUACAUCGGGGACUCCAAGGUGGUCAAGUGGGAAGGGCAGCGCUUCACUGAGCUGCAGACCCUGCCCUCGCGGGGCUCCAUGGUCAUGCAGCCCUUCCUGGUGUCCCAGCGCCAGUACAUGGCACUGGGCAGCGACUUCUCCUUCACCCACAUUUACCUCUGGGAUGAGGAGAAGCAGAAGUUUGUCAAGUUCCAGGAACUCUCCGUCCAAGCCCCCCGGGCCUUCCACUAUGUCCCCUUGGAGGACAUGGACAUCCUGCUGGCCCCCAGCUUCAAGAGCAGCACGCUGGUCUACAGGCACGUUGUGGUGGACCUCAGCUUGUAAGGGGUGUCCCUGCCGCCUGCCCAGCUCCCUGCCUCACGCCUAGACACUGUGCAGAGAAAAUGUUCUUCCACUUGCAACACCCCUAGAGCCGGGGACUCCAGCGCACUGCCUCUCCUCAGGCUAAAGCUUCCUGUCUGUGCCCAUGCGCUGCCCCACGGCCAUAUCCAUGGACAGGUCCAGAACACACACAUACUCACACAGGCCCGUCAGUCCAUGCAUACCCAGCACACAUUCCAUCCAUGCACUCGUAUGCAGGAGUGUGUACUCACCACAGUCAUCCCUCCAUAGAUAAACUCAUACGCAUAUGCACAUGCCCUCCAGCAUCUCAUACACAUUACAUUCCUGCCCAUAUGUCUCCAGCACGCGUACACUCCAACACUCCCAUGUACACCCCUUUGCAGUCUCCUAGCCAUACCAUAUGCAUCUACACUCACUCUUUACAUGUCCAUGCAGUCCCUGUGCACCCCAUUAACAAACACACAUUCCUGCACCCCUUAACCUCACGUCCAUCUCCUCGCAUAGAGCCUUAUAUUCAUGCCCAUGUACUGCCGUUCAUGGACAGCCACAUCCAUGUACAAUCUCAGAUCCAUGCCUGUACACAUCCAUUCUCACUACUGCACCUUCCACGCACACACAGCUACUCCUAUCGGUGAACCCAGAUACAGUGCAUUGGCAGUGCACCAUGCCAUGCUGCAUCUCCCACCCACCGACACACAUGCAUACAUCCCUGUAUCCGUCACCCUGAACCCUCCCUGCAGCCCCCUCUGCACACAUGCUCCUGUCCCCAUACACAGCGCCGGGUAGCAGGCCUGGAAGAAGCCCUUGUCAUGACUUCUCCCGAACUCUUCCGGCAGCUUCUGCCGCACUUCCUGUAGCCAUCAUCCAUGUUCAGAUUGUAGAGACACUGCUCUGUGCGGCUGCACCACUCCUGAGACCACCUGACCCUCUUUGGCUCCCGCAGUCGCCCUGCAAGAGGGCUCUCUGGAAGUGUGCCCAGUGGCAACCUCAGCCCAGAUCAUCCCAGCGUCCUCAGUGAGCUGCCUUCCACAGCCUUCUGGGAGCUAAUGGAAGUAGGACUGGAAGGCGCCCUUUGUACCUCCCCCACUUUACUGCUGUGAAUUGCUUUGCUUCCCUCCAGGCAUCUUCUCUCUGUCAAGCUGCAGGGGGCAACAUUGUCUGGUGGUUAGUGUAAGGGACUGGGGCUCAGGAGUCCAGGCUUGGCUUUUCUACUGACCUGCUGUGUGACCUUGGGUAAAUUGCUGUGCCUCGGUUUCCCCUUCUGUAAAAGGGAGAUACGGUUGCUCGCCCUCCUUUUUGACCUGCAGACAGGAAGAGCUAUCAGCAUGCUAGCUAUCAAGUCUAGUGCAUGAGCCCAUGUGCCUUGGGCGCAUAUAUCCCCAUGCACAAAUCCAGGGCCAGCGGAGAGGGUCAGAGAGCAUUCGCUAGUGCACAAAUCUAGUGCACGUGCCCAGGACACCAUCCCCGUGCAUAUGCACUGGUGCACAAUCCCAGAGCAGAAAUCUAGUGCAUCUGCUCCAGUGCACAAUCCCGCUGCAUAAGCACCAGUGAGUCUUUCAGGCCAGACCGGAUGGCAGCUAAAGGGAAAUGUGCCUGUGCUGCUUUGUCUAGUGUGUGGAUUUCUAUCCUGCCUUUCGCUUGCCAUGUGCUUACAUGGCUCAAGUUAAAUGGAAUUGCUGACAGCCACAGCGACAGGGAGUGAAAGGAGAGACUCCUCCAUACAAGAGGGACUGGAGAGAAGGAAGCCAGAGGUUUCCUGAACUACCAAGGUUCAGCCCACCCAGCUCCUGGCGUGAUCCCAGUGCUGGCUCUGCCUGGCCUUUGAUGUUUAUGGAUGACAUCAACCAAUGGCUACAGGGCCCAAAUCGUCUCUCAGUCUCACUAGUAUGUUCCCCACUGACAGGGUGGAGUCGCGUCGGUGUCAGUGAUAGGAGCAAUUGUCUCCUGAGCUCCUGUAUUCUACUCAGGGAGGCAGAACUCCAGCCUCCAGGCUGAUUCCCAUUCACCCCGAGCCCCUUUACACCACAUGCCUUAAAGAGCAUGUAACUAAUCGACCCCCAUGUGGAGGCCAGGUUGGUGCAAAGGGGCUGUAGUGUCCGCAAGAAUCAGACCCAUAGUGUCUCGAUGUUCCCUUUGUCUCUAGUGCAGGUGUGGGCAAACUUUUUGGCCUGAGGGCCACAUCGGGGUUGCGAAACUGUAUGGAGGGCCGGGUAGGGAAGGCUGUGCCUCUCCAAACAGCUUGGCCCCCACCCCCUAUCC